UUGAGCAACAUAACGAGUAUUAUUCAUCAGUUCAGUCAGUCACAGUUGACGCUAUACUGCGGGCGGUGCUUUCGAGCACCUUUCUUUAUGUUUUACAACAAUUCGGGGAAGCCUGAGUGCCUAACACAUAAUCAGAAUGUGACUAAAUAACAGUGUACUCUUUAGUUUAAUAACUCCCCUUCGCUUUUCCUUAGUAACUAACGUCAAGAAACUUUUUAUUACUUUCUAAAACGUAUUUAAUUUUCCGCGUGUGUCUCGUUUCAAGCUCGCGCCAACAGAACGUGUGUGUAUAAAUAAAUAUUAAUUUUAUAGUGUAUUUAACAUGACUAUAUCGUACGCCGGAGAAGUCCCGAAUGGCAGCAGUUUUGGUUGUUUUUGGAGGAUCCUUUGCAAAUGGCGAGGCAGUGUAUACAAGUUGGUGUGGCGCGAAUUACUUGCAUACCUCACACUAUACUACACCAUCAAUUUAUUGUACCGGUUCGCGCUCACAGAACCACAACAAAGGAUAUUUGAAAAAGUGCGGCAGUACUUCGGUGCGCAGAGCGAGUCAAUCCCGAUGUCCUUCGUCCUGGGCUUCUACGUCAGUCUUAUAGUCAAGAGAUGGUGGGAGCAGUACAAACUCCUGCCCUGGCCAGAUACCUUGGCCCUCUUCAUCUCCGCCGGGAUACCUGGAGCGGUCAGUAAAGAUGAAACGGGUCGGUUAAUGCGAAGAAAUAUUGUAAGAUACGCCAUUCUCGCUUACGUGAUAACCCUCCAAAGGGUGUCUCUCAGAGUCAAAAGGAGAUUCCCCACGUGGCAGCACGUAGUUGAUUCCGGCUUGAUGCUGGAAAGCGAAAGAAAGGUCUUCGAGAAAAUGGACGGGAAAAGUCCUAUGUCAAAAUACUGGAUGCCAUUAGUUUGGGCGACAAAUAUAAUAAAUAGAGCAAGGAAAGAAGGCUUGAUUACUAGCGACCAUAUCGUACAAACCCUGUUAGUAGAGCUAUCAGAUAUAAGAAGACGACUAGGAGCCCUCAUAGGAUAUGAUACCGUCUGCGUGCCCCUAGUUUAUACGCAGGUAGUAACGCUCGCCCUGUACACUUACUUCGUGGCUGCUUUGAUGGGCCGCCAGUUAGUGCCGCCUGCGCCGGGCAGCACCUCCAAAUAUGAACCUGACGUCUACUUCCCAUUAUUUACUGCUUUGCAGUUCUGCUUUUACGUGGGCUGGUUGAAAGUAGCGGAAGUGCUCAUAAAUCCUUUUGGAGAGGAUGACGACGAUAUAGAAUUGAAUUGGCUGAUAGAUAGGCAUAUAAAGGCAGCCUACAUGAUAGUAGAUGAAAUGCAUGAAGAACAUCCGGAACUUCUAAAGGACCAGUACUGGGAAGAGGUGGUGCCUAAAGACCUGCCGUACACAGUGGCUUCGGAGCACUAUCGUCGUCACGAACCCGCCUGCUCCGCUGACCACUACAAGGUCAAGGCGGAAGACGCAGUCUACGCAAACGUACAAGCACCUAGGAAAAGCCACGACGAAACAUACGCUGAUUACGAAAGUGUAGAUACACCAUUGGUAGAACGACGAAAAAACUGGUUUCAGAGACAGAUAUCAAGAAUGGGUUCUGUUCGAUCUGCUUCGACGGCAUAUUCGUCAGGUGGUUUAUUUGGCCGCAAUCGGCACAACUCUGUCGUGUACUCGAGCCCCGAGGCGGGCCAGCCGACCGCGCCGCCGCCCCCGCACCAUAAGAUGUCGCUAUACGAGCGACUCGUCGGCCGCAAGUCCGGCCGCGGACAACACAGGCAAAAUUCGAGACAUGGUGGCCAAAAGAGCAAUGGUUCUGCGAUACCGAUAACGCUGCGAAAUCGACCACGCAUUCCCACACCAGACGUAACUAAGGAGGUGAUGGACCGUGAGAACAGACUCGCCAUGGGUAUGCAGAACAUGGGCGUGAUCAUGGCGCAGGGCUACCAGAACGAGGUGCCGGUGCUAGGCGCGCUAGUGCUCUCUCCGAUUCAGGAGCUGGAUAGCGGGUCGGUGAACAACACGCUACACGCCGGCCAGCCGGGCACCACCGCACUGGCACAGGCGGUUCUCUCGCCGGGUGGGCUAGCGCCCAUGCUGACCAGCGGGCCUGUCACUCUAUCGCCGAUGGGCGUAUCACAGUUGACGCUGGUGAGCUCGGCACCGUCCACGCCGCGUACGGAUCGUGCGCCCCCCUCUUCCCCUGGCAGCACCGCGCCCACGUCCACACCUCCGGCUCCGCGUGCUACUGUCACCGAACUACCAUCCUCUGACCGCGAAAGUGACCAUAGUGCCAGCACUGGCACACCGCCUCAGUUUGCCAGGAAACCUAAUGGAUCCAAAAGAGGAGAAGUCUAUGUGUAAUUUACUAUCCGUUCAAAACGAGUGGUGCUUAUUAUUGUGAUCGCUAGAAUUUUGUACAGAAUUAAUUUGACUGGCGAAGAUAUUACCUAAAACUAUAUCAAGAUAGCUCAUUUAUUGUUAGACGACUAUUUGUGUUAAAUUAAAUUUAGGCACAAACAGGGAUUGAGUUGUAUAUCUUUCUAUAAAGUAUUUUUAUUUUA